AUGGCGGGACGCGAACAGAAAUUGGCAACGUUCCGCUUCUCCUGUAUGAGACUGAAACCCUUGCUCCUCCUGCCGCUCAGCAGAAACCGGAGGAAGGGAAGAAGGAGGGCACAGAGGCAGCCUCCAACGCCGGCGUCUCACCUAGUCUUCCUCCCCUCACAGAUCGACUUCUCCAGGGUCGACCUCGACUCCAUCCAGCUUUCUCCUGGCGAGAAUUUGGGCAUCUUGAGUAAAUCCUGCAGCAGACAAGGCUUCAUCGGCUCCACUUUCACAUUGCUGUAAAAAGUAGCAUGAUGCAAGCUGGGACUGAAAGCACAGGCCAAGGGCUAGAAUCCUUAAGGCAUUAAGGUGAAAGCUGCAAAGCAUUUCAAGACUCAUUUCAGAACUACACUAGAGGAGAAUGGCGACAGAAUCAGAGGGGGAGGAGGAGGUAAAGCAAGCAGGAAGUCCAGAGCUUAUUGUUGAUGACAAUCUGUGGGAAAUGGCUAAAAAGGCUGCUUGGAGUGUCAGUUCAUUCAAACAAGGCAAUGGAGUCCUCUCUCUAACUGAUGGCAACCUAGACACUUACUGGCAAUCAGAUGGUGCACAACCUCAUCUAGUAAAUAUCCAAUUUCAGAAGAAAGUCAAGCUUCAGUUAUUGGUACUCUACGUUGACUUCAAGCUUGACGAGAGCUACACACCUAGCAAAAUAUCAAUACGUGCUGGUGAUGGUUUCCAUAAUUUGAAGGAAGUUAAAAUGAUGGAACUUGAGAAGCCGAUUGGUUGGAUCCACAUACCCCUUUCUGGAAGUGACCCUCGAGAAACAUUUAUCCACACUUUCAUGCUUCAGAUAGCUGUGUUGUCUAAUCACCUGAAUGGAAGGGAUACACAUAUUCGUCAAAUACGAGUUUAUGGUCCUCGACCGAAUCCUGUUCCUCAUCAGCCUUUUCACUUCACAUCAAGGGAGUUCACCAUGUAUUCAUCUGUGAGAUGAAGUGAACAGACUGACCUGUCCUUUGGUGUUCUGCAUCUAACUUCUCUACCGCCUUCUACAGUCAAUUUGAGUUAAUGAAACUUGAUGCUGAAACAGCUUUGAGCAUCGUGCUUUUUAAUCCCAUCUUUUGUGUGGGUUUCAACAGCAACGGCAAACUUAGCGACUGUUGUAGGCUUUGGAGCAUUUUGCCCAAUGUUUCGUGAAAAAGGAUUUCUUAACUUGGCAAAUAGUUGUCAAUUUUGACAUGCGAGCGGCCUAGUAAGUGUAUGGGGGAGAAAUUGUUACUUGCAGGUUGUAAUGUGUAUACAUUUUCAUAAAUGUGAAUACUCAGGGAUCAGUCUCCUGCAGCAGAUCUGUGGAUGCCCUGUUUGCUCAA